CUUGCAAGAAUCAUUGAUGUCCAUCGACACACUCUUCGACAUUACACCAAAGUACACAGAGCCUACGUAGGGAGGAAGUUCAGCGACAUCUCCGACGACGAACUAGACAUCAUUCUCACCGCAUACCGCACUCAGAAACCUGGUUUGGGGAUCCGAUACAUCCUUGGGUUCCUACGUGGUCUUAGAGUUCAAAUUCAACGUGAGCGUAUCCGUUUGAGCCUUCGUCAGAUAGAUGGGCUUGCGCAAGCCUUGCAGAACUAUGAGGCCGUAGACGAUCGCCGUUACUCAGUUCCUUGGUCAAACUAUCUCUGGCAUCUUGAUGGUCAUCAUAAACUUAUCCUUUGGGGCUUUGUAAUCCACGGCAUCAUUGACGGGCAUGAUCAU